AACGUAAGCCCCGCCCCUUCUGCUAGUAGAGGACUAGAGGUUGGUCGACUCGACAUCAGAAAAGUGAAAGAAUUCUUAGAAUUUGACUAGAAAGAGAGAGAAAUAUGUCGUCGGGAGCUUUGUUCCCUAGCUUGGUGUCCGGAUCCCGGGGCUCAUCAAGCAAACACUUGGUGGAGUUCCGUGCAGGAAAAAUGACCCUGAAGGGCAGCACCGUGACCCCGGAUAAGCGCAAAGGACUUUUGUACAUUCAGCAGACAGACGAUUCGCUCAUCCACUUCUGCUGGAAGGACAGAUCCACGGGGAAUGUGGAGGAUGACCUGAUAAUUUUCCCUGAUGACUGUGAGUUCAAGAAGGUCAAUCAGUGCACCACGGGCCGUGUUUUUGUGCUUAAAUUUAAAGCUAGCUCCAAAAGAUUCUUCUUUUGGUUGCAGGAGCCUAAGACAGAUAAAGAUGAGGAGUACUGCAGGAAAGUGAAUGAAUACCUCAACAACCCACCAAUACCUGGUACGCUGGGGAGUGGAGGCAGCAGCAGCCAUGAACUGUCUGCUCUUGGAGGUGAAGGUGGCCUUCAGAGUCUUCUUGGUAAUAUGAGUCACAACCAACUGAUGCAACUCAUAGGACCAACUGGACUAGGCGGUCUGGGGGCUCUGGCAGGACCAGGUCUAGCCAGCCUGCUGGGAAGUGGAAUUCCAGCUACUAGCAGCUCAUCUUCCAGCUCUCGUAGUCAGUCCACUGCCGUCACUCCAUCAUCCACCUCGGCCCCCACACGGCUCGGCUCCUCCCAAGUUCCAACCACACCCAUGACCCCAUCUGCAACAGUCACAGCCUCACCCACAGCUGCCCCCAGCACACCUGCAGGCCCUGCUCUCUCUGCCGGAGCCACCAGCCCAUCUCAGCCCAUCCAACUGAGUGACCUGCAGAGCAUCUUAGCAACAAUGAAUGUGCCUACAGCAGGACAAGUUGACCUUGCCAGUGUUUUGACCCCUGAGGUCAUGGCCCCAAUUCUCGCUAAUGCAGAAGUGCAGCAGAGGCUCCUGCCAUACCUCCCAUCUGGAGAAUCCCUCCCUCAAAGCACAGAAAAACUUCAAAACACUCUCACCUCGCCAGAGUUUCAGCAGGCUAUGAGUAUGUUCAGCAGUGCGCUAGCAUCGGGGCAGUUGGGGCCUUUGAUGAAUCAGUUUGGAUUACCUACUGAAGCUGUAGAGGCAGCCAAUAAAGGAGAUGUGGAAGCAUUUGCCAAGGCCAUGGAAGGUCAAGGGAAGUCGAACGAAGGAGAAGAUAAGAAAGAUGAUGAGGACAUGAGUUUGGAUUAGGCAACUCUCUACAUGAGCUGCCUUCAUCAGUUGAACAUUUCUUACUGUAGAGCUUCCAAAGCAUCAUGUUGUCAAGCUAAAUGUGAUGUUAAGGGUGAUCUGUGUAUUUUUAUGUUAAAGGGACAGCGCACUCAAACAUGAAAAUUCUGUCAUUUACUCAUGCUUGAGUCGUUGUGAACCCAUAAGAUUUUGGUUUAUCUUCAAAACACAAAUUGAGAUACUUUUAAUAAAACCUGAGAGGUUUCUGCCCCUCAGUUGAAAAUCCAGGUAACCAAAAGUCUAGAUACAGCAAUAUCUCUUCACAAGACUGGAUUAAACUGCUUGAUUCAUAAGCAUUUUGUUUUACAACUUUUUCAGAUGUUUUACUUCAUUCAUUCACCUGGACUUCUGUUUCAGAGAUUAACCAAAGUCUUAUGGGUUUGAAAUGACAUGAGUGUGGGUGAGUAAAUGAUAACAGAAUUUUGGGGUGAGCUAUCCCUUUAAACAAUUAAUCCUGUCCCAGUCGCAUUGUAACAGAAGUAGCGACAAAACUUUUUUUCUGUAUUGUGAUGUACAUCAAAAAUAUGUACAAAAUAGAUAGGGUGAAUAUGCCAAGUUUAAUGUGCAGUGUGGUGCUUUCAAC